AUGCAGCAAUUAAUGCGCAACAAAGGGAAGAAGUGCGAAUGGAAUGAAAGAGCUAAGGAAGCUUUCGAGAAUCUAAAGCGGGAACUGUGCGAAGCGCCAGAACUAGGCAUGCCCAUGGAGAGAGGGAUGUACGUUCUCGACACUGAAGCUUCGGUGGUGGCCAAUUCAGGAAUACUGCAUCAGGAGCAAGAAUCGAAAGGGAGAUCAGUCCUCCGUCCCAUUGCAUAUGGCAGUAAAUUGUGGAGCGCCACUGAAAUAAAAAUUAAGGCACAAAAAGCAGAAUUAUUUCCGGUAUUCAAGUUCGUGGAAAAAUACUGCGUAUACUUGGUGAGCACUCCCUUUAUGUUGCGUUUGGAUAACAGAGCCCUAUCCUGGUUGAAGACGUACUGGGUGGACCAGAGUUAUAUUGCUCGUUGA